ACCACCAGAUGAAUAAUUUAUAGGUUAAUGAUCAUAACCUAGUUGUUAAAGAUUCCAUGGGAAAGAUUAUUCAGUCACAAUAUGUGGACUUGGACAAUGUUACGAGCAACCUGAGAAGCUUCUAUGUCAAGGCAUAUACUGGAAUUUCACCUAAAAAGGCUCCCAAUUACUGGCUUUUCUUUCAAGCAUCUGUGCCACCCCUGGGAUGGAAUACUUUCUUCAUUUCUAAAACAUCUCAGAAAGGAAAUGGUAGAACUAUGUAUGUGUCUACGAUGGAAAGUCCAAAAGAAGAGACAAUUGAAAUUGGGCCAGGAAACUUUAAGUUGUCCUUUUCUACAGCAUCUGGGCAACUUAAACGCAUGUUCAAUUCUAAAUCGAGGAUUGAUAUACCAGUACAACAAAGCUAUCUUUGGUAUGCUUCAAGUCCGGGAGAUGCUGAUCCCCAGAGUUCCGGUGCAUACAUUUUUCGACCUAAUGGAUCGCCGCCUCAAGUUGUCUCGAGAUCAGUGAGUGAUCUUUUCUCUAGCUAAGAAUAGUUGUUUCUUUAACUGUAUAGGUGUUCCAAGUGA